AUGCUGCCCGGAGUGGAGCCGGCCAGUGGCGCAGCCAUGAGCGACCAGUCGAGCGACACAGAGUCGGAGAGCAUCUCCCGCAGGCCAACCGGCCCCGACGAGCGCCAGAGGGUCCCGUGCUGCGCGGGCCCGAGCCAGUGCGGCGGCGAGUCGGCCGGGCCCACGCGCGCGGGACGUCAGCAUCGAGGCUGGCCCCUCUCGACGCUGACAGCCGCGACGACCACCACAUCUCUUCCCCCCUUCGAGGAGGCGCCCUCCCAGGCCCGCCCCCGCCGCGCGGGGAGGUCGCUGUCGGCGAGGGGAGGCAGGCGCCCGCGCUCCGCGAGCGGCUGA